AAACAAUAUUUUCUCGAGAUCAAUAAAUUAUGAGACGUUCAUGUAAAAGACAAAUCAAAUGUGCUUAGAAGUGUUUGUGUCACUGCCGGAGUCGAAUGUUCACAAUUGAAGCAUAUCUUUCUUGAAAUAUGUGAGUGUACUUGUAUUAAUUCACAUUAAAUAUAUUAUAUACUUAUAUAUAAACAUUAACUAUAUUUAAUAUUUUCCACAGUAUCUUAAUCAAAUAUAUAAUUAUUAUUAUAGGUUCUAUUUAUGUAUAUUUAUCUAAUACAGCAUACCUAUAUGUACCUACAUAUAUGUAUCUAAAUUAAUAAUUAUAUUACCUAACCUUACAUAUUAUGCUGUACUUUAUAGUAUUCAACGAUUUUAUUUCUUAAUUAUUUGUUAGUGUCUAUUAGUGUAUAUAAUUAAGUGUAUUAUUUACUAUUAGCCAGGCGUAUGAAAUAAAACCAUUUUUUUAAAAGUUCAUAUUUAUUAUUUACACAUUAUUUAGGUAAACUAUUAAUAUAAUAGUAUUGUUGAACUUUAGAUAAAUUAAAUUUACUAAAUUUUAAUAUAAAAUAUUACAAAUUUUAGGUAAAUGCCUGAAUUUAUUGGCAUGUCUAAAGACGUACUACACAAAUACGUUACGGAUAACCAAAUACAGCAGACUAGGGGUUUGUAUGAUUUAAAUUUUGAUAUUGCAGCAGAAAACGGUCAAGAUGAUAAAGGUGAUAAAAAAUCGAUGGCAAAAAAAGGCUGGGUACAAAAAGAUUCUGGUUUUAAUAAAACUGAAACGGACGACAGCAAUAACUGCAACACAGAAGUUAUUUCUCGGUCUAUAAACAAGCUUUUAAAAAAUGAAAAAAAAUCCCGGCUUACAGCAAACCCGACUAAAGUGUGUUUAAAGCAAGAAUUUCCGCAAGAAUCCAAAGAACAGUUUGCCCAACGAAUAAGACAAGCGUGGAUCGAUCGAGAACAAUCAAAAUCAUGUAUAAAUAUAUAUUUGGCUAGGAACGUUAUAGAGAAACCUUUAAUGGAAUCUUUAGAUCAAGUGCAAGAACCUUCGAUACAAGACUAUGAAAGUGAUUGUAGCCGUCGUACUGCGUUGGAAGUUCAGCUCCAAAAUCACGGAGUGCACGAAGGUGAAAAUUCACCAAAUGACUCUAGCGAUGAGGAAAAACCUCUUUCGGCCGCCGCGAGAAGAGUAAGGUUCUACAAAACUGUGAAACAACAAAACGAAAGACAAACCCUGACCAGAGUAAUGUCAGCACCUGCAACCAGACAACAAAGUAUGCAAAAUUCUACACAAGGAUAUUAUUCUGCAAAUUCACGAAGAAAAUCACAAGAAAUCCAUAGGUUCCCGACUAGGAAGUUGAAGUCAUGUAGAAGUAAAGCUUUUCAUAAAAGUAUUGAUGCAGAUAAUCGUCUUCCUAACGGUCAGAAAUUUGGUAAAAAAAAUCAAAAUGUAGAAGUGGUCACUAUGAUGUCACUUUUAAGUCCAGUUGGAAGUGAUGCAGAGGAAUCGCAAACACCCAACGGUGUAGCCACGAAAACCGGUAAUCACAUUAUUUCGUUUUACCCCAUUAAAUUAUUAUUCAUUAGUUAUUAAUUAAUUAUUAAUCAUUAUGAAUAAUAUUAUUUUUAAUCUUUAUUAAUAAAGAAUUAUUAUUUUAUGAUUUAGGUACAUAUUUCAAAAAGUCGUGUUUUAUGAUAAUGUCAAGUUUUUAGAAAUACCUUUGUUUUAGACAUCUAAUAAAAAUAGUUUAGAAUAUUUAAAUAAAUGUACUCAAUUAAUUUAUACCGAAAUGGUAAAAAAUAGGUUAGGUUAAAUUUUUAAAACAUUAUAGCUAUUUUUAUGCUAUUUAUAGGUAUUUGAUAUUACAAUUAGGUAAAUGAAUUAAAAUAAAUGCUUGGAAAUAUAAUAGAGUGCAUUAUAAGCUGUACUUAGUGCCUAGUGGUCUAAAAAACAAAUUUGUAUUUAAUGCAUUCGUUUUUCUUUCAUAAGCUUUUAUUAUGAUUACAUUUUUGACGAAAGUCGUACAAAAUUACGGCCUUUCAAAAAACGGAAAACUGAACUUCGCUCCAAAUCGUUUUUCGUUAGCAAUGGGUUAUCGUUGUGUACAGAUAUAAAUUAAAGUACUUUAUGUGUUCUAUCUUCUCAACUUUCUACCUAAAACAGUGGCUGCAUUCGUCCCUAGUAUUAAUUUUAUUUAUUUUUUAUUUUCAUUCGGUUGAAAAUAAUUUUAGAAACUCGGAAUAUUCCAUGUUUUUUUUUUAUCAUUAACUAUGUGACCAACUUUACUCGCAGUCUCUCUCCAUUAGUUUCUCACAAAGGUUAGGUAAGUUUCUUCACUUCCUCUGUUUUUUUUUUUUAUUCAAGAAAUCAAAUUAAAUACCAAAAAAUAAAAUUACCUAUAUACAUUUUGAUUAAUUUACCCUAAUAAGCAUGGCUUGCGGUGGAGUAAAUGAGUUGCAUGUUAAUAUAACAAAACAAAACUUAAAAUAAAGUAGUAAAACAUAAAUUCUUUAAAACAAAAAAUAAAAGAUCUGUUACUGGGGAUGGGUGCGAACCCUAUUAGGUGGAUAGUGGGGAAGGUGGGAUGCAUAAAUGUAUUUAAUUUAUACCUUUAAUCAACCAUAAAUCAUAAGUUCGGUUAUAUAUGUUUUGAAUGGCUAUAAUAUGUACGAUUCUUGUCAAAAUUUGAUUUUAAAACUCUUAAAAAAAAAAUUACUUCAUUAAACUAAAUAUUUUUUUACCAUUAAGUACUACUUAUCAAUAAACCUCCUAUAAAAUUUUCAAACAUUUUUGUUAGUUUAACAAAGUACCUACUAAAUACAAAUUACGUAAAAAACCUCGUAAAAUAAAAAUGUCUUUAAAUAGCUAAAAAAAAACGCAAAUGUUUUGACAAUUUUACCACAUCUAGAAAGUAAGAGUACAUUUUCUGGUAAAAUUUAAAAUCUCUAUGAAUAUUUUAACCUGGUUAAUAAUGAAAGAAUAAAAUUGAAAAUUUUUUUCGUAAAAUUUCCCGUUAUUUCUGCGGUUUUGCUUAAUUAUUACAAAAACUAUAAAGAAAAUUAAAAAAUAAACAACAUACUUAAAAACUAGAUUAAAAAUGCAUAAAAAAGGUCUUCUGUUGUUUAUCUAUUAGAGCAAUAUUAAUGCUAGAAAACAAAAAUCGUAAAAAUUUAAAAUAAUGAAUUCAUUGUGCUGUAAUUUGAAAAAAAUCGUAAAUUUCGUUUUUUUGAUUUUUCACGGUUAUUAUUAUCAAGAAUUCUUUAGAUAUCGAAAAACGACUUGUUCUGCCAGUGAAAAAAUUUAAUAGGAACAAAUUUGAUAUCUUGUCAUUUUUCGAUUGAAGUAAUAUUUCUGGUAGAAAACUUAAAUAUAACACAAUGAAAACAAUGAAUACGAUAAUGCCGCGGCCAUGCCAUAAAUGUUUGCUGUUUUACCUAUAGUUUUUUUCGGGGUUUUCUAAAUUAUUUCGAAAACCCCUUGGGAAAUCGAAAAAAUGAUCACCCCAAUGCACCAACUAGAUAAGCUUACCUUUCAGAAAAGGUGUUAUAGUCUAUACUUCGGAAUAAGUUUUUUGGUUUUUUUUAUUUUUAGGAAAGUUGUUCACAGACAAAAAAAAAUUUAGUAAUUAGCAUUAUUUUUAUCAUAAUAAAAUUAUUAACUGUAUCAAAUGCUUUUGCUAUAUCUCAAAAAAUCGUAAUUACCUUUUGAUUAUUGUCAAUUUUUUUUGUAUAUAAACUUAGUAUAGCUAAAUAAAGAGCUGUUUUCUAGGAUGGCAUUAUCAUCUGCACAUGUCAGGAGCCUGAAGGCCUUUUGUUGAUUGGCUUAAUAUUAGGCUUUCUGAUAAAUAUAUAUCUCUACUUUUUCCAAUACUAGAUUAAAAAGUAUUACUUUGUUCCAAGCCAGUGAUCACUUUAAAUGGCUGUAAUCUAUUUUUUUUUUAUUUCUGAUUUUUUCUUGCAGGCUUUUAUUAGGUUGAUUAACUAUAAUAUACAUUUUGUAAAAAUGUCAAUUUACUUAGAUACCAAUUGCGAACUGUGUCUUUGGGAUUUGCGAUUUAUUUAACAUUAUUGACGUGUAAUGUUUAACACAUUAUUAACUUCUAUCUAUAUUAUAUUUACAAAUAAAUACCCAUUGACUAUAAUUAUUAUUAGGUAGUUAAAUCGUAUUUUAACCAUUUUUUUUUUGACAUAGUUUUCAUUUACAGGGUAGUUUUUUAAGCAUACUAGCCCCAUUUGUAUGGUUAAAUUCUACAAAUCAUAUUCAAAUUCAGAUUUUUGGAACUACAACUAUUAUUAUUAUAUAUUAUACUAGCUGUCCUGUAUCCGGCAUUACCCGUGCUAAUAUGUAUUUUUUUUUACUCAUAUUAAUUUUUGGUUUUGACUGUGUCAGAAUUUAAUGAAAACAUUUAGGUGAAAAAUGGAUUAAAAAAAGACUAAAAGUAUUCUAUUGUGAAAUUUUAAUAGUAUAAAUAAUAGUAAUAAUUAUAAUUAUAACAGUUUUCUUAUCCUUGACAACUAAAUUAUCAUCCGUAUCACCAAGGAACCCUUGAAUAAACAAAAAUAAAUAAAUAAAUAAGCAAUUAAAUGUUAAUAACAAAUAUACCCAAAAACCCUUAUUUUACUCCCUUAAAGGUUGAAUUUUCAAAAAUCCUUUCUUAGUGGAUGUUCACGUCAUAAUAACUAUCUGUGUGCCAAAUUUCAGCCCGAUCCAUUCAGUAGUUUGGGCUAGGCAUUGAUGAAUCAGACAAGGCAAGAAGUUAAUUGAUAUGUAUGGAUAGAUAAAUUGUAUGUCUAUCAAGUUAGCACCGGCACAUUAUGCUAGGCCGAUAAAACUAAUACCAAAAAAUUGUUAGGAAUUUGCCAGAUUUUGCUAAGUCAUUUUUGGAAUUUGCUACAAUUUGGUUUUUCCAGAAAAUCGGAAAAUGGCUCAGUACCGAUAUACUGUCCGAUCGAAAAAUAUUGUAAAAUCAACCAUUUAUAUGCUACAGUGAAAUUAUGGAACUAUUAAGUUAUACCAACACAAAAAAAAAACUAAAAUCAAAAUGGUAAAACAUUCUUUUAAGACUUUCAUUUAGAACAAGUCAAGAAAUAAAUACUUUUUAAAAAUAUUUUUUUAGUAUUCUCUAUCCCUUUUUACAUAUUUUCUCUGAUAAACUUGAACUGUAUAUGAAUAAUAGUAUAAAAUAAUAAGGUUUUAAAUUAAAAAUAUUUCAUUUUUCACCGGUAAUAAAGUAGGUUAGGAUAGGUCAAGUUUUUGUUUUUUGUAAAUUUGUAUUUAAAUUCUUCAAUAAGCUUAACACCUCUUUUGACUGUAUCCUUUACAACUUUGAUUGAUUUUAUUAUUUGUUUUCCAAUUUUAUAGUCCUCCUAAUUAUCUCAAUAUUAGUAGGAAUAAUACUCAAAAACUAUUUAGAAAUUCCAAACUUCUUUAACAUUCUAGCAGAUUUAGAGGUUAUUAAAUCAGUUGGAAGAUUUUUUUGUAGGAAUUGUAGUACUUCGUCUUGUUCACGUUAUUUUUUUUUUAUCUCGGCUUUAUCUUCAUUUAUACUACUACUAUCUUUGUUCAAUAUUUUUUCAAUUAUUUUACGUUUUGUAUUAAUAUCUAAACGAUCGUCGAACUGAAAAACUGAGAAAAUAAUUUGUGUACAUUUUCCGUUCUUUCUACGUUUUGAUUCAGAUUUGAAUUACGCAGGAAAUCAAAAAAGGAUUCACCAACUAAAUUAAAAAUGCAGCAGCAAUAAUCACUUUUUAUUUUUUUAUUAGAAUAAUAUUUCUGUUAGAAAAUAUAAGUCGUAAAAAGUCAAAAUAAAAGAAUCGUGAUGCCGGCAAUUUAUCAGUUUUCAUUUUUUCGUCUUUUUUGAUUUUUCUCAAUUAUUAUGAAAACUACUUGGAAAAUCAACUAGAUCCAAAAUACAACAAUAAAGAUCUCUUGACAUUUUUAAAUUGAAACAAGAUUUCUAGUAGAAAACAUAAGUUACAAAAAUGUAAAAUCAUGAAAUCAUUACGUUAAUUCUAACUAUUUUUAGGAUAUUUUGGGAUUUUAGAUUCUGAGUGGAGUGAAGAUGGUUUUCCAAAGAUGUUUAUUUUUUUUUUAUCUGUUAACAACUUUUCUACCAGAAGACUUGCUUGGAUUUCUUAGUGUAGCACCUUUUCUAAAAGGAAAUUGGUGUUUGGGGAGGUACAUUAAGGUUAUUUUUCGAUUAUUUUAAGAGUUUUCUCAUAAAUUUGAAAAACGGGAAAAUAUAAGAAAUGUAGGUAUUAGUUGAAAUAUAUUAUAGCCUUCUUUGUUUCGGUGCAUAAUUUUUCUACCAGCACUUUUGCUCCAACUGCUUUUUUUUUAAAAAUUUUAUUUACUGUGUACAAAAAUUUAACCAAAAAUCUUGCUCCGAAGUAUCAAGUAUAGCACCUUUUCUGAUAGGAAAUUUUCCGGAGUGGUACUUUAAGAAGAUCAUUUUUUGAUUUGCCCAGGAGUUUUCUCAAUAAAUGGGAAAAAUGAAAGAAAAACAAACAAAUUUACGAAAAUAAUGCUUUUAUCAUUUUAAAUUUUGAUGUUUUGUUGUAGUUCAGUGAAACAUAUUCGUAGAGGCUUUUAAAAUUCUGUUGAAAAAACAUUUAAGUCAUUUUUAAGAUAUUAGCCAUUUUAAUUUGAUAAGUAUUCCGUGGAUAAAAUUGUUAGACCAAACAGAAAUGCUUGAUAAUUUAACUGAAGGUUCAUUACAAAUCUUACUUAGUGGUCAAUAAAAAAAAUUUGAGUUUAAUGUAAUAUUUUUUUUUUUUAUCACAAUUUUAAUAUCAAAUUUUGAUAAAAAUUGUAAAUAUUACGGAAUUUUAAAUAUGCAUAACCGAACUCCGCUCAAAAUCGUUUUUCGUUAGCAAUGGUUUAUUUUUGCAUAUUUAUAUGAACUAAAUAAUAUGAUGUAUCCUAUCUUCUCAACUACUCAUCUACAACAGAGUUAAAAUUCUUAAAAUUCCAUAAUUAAUUUGCAUUAUUAAUUAAGUGAUCAUUAUUUUAAUUAAUAUUUAUUUAAUGUGCAAAAAAUAACAUUAAAUUUUAAAUUAUACUGUUUUACUGCAUUUGUACAAUAUAUCUGCAGUCUUCUAAGGUAAUAUAAGUCGAAAUGGCAUCAGACAUAAAAGUUUUAAGAUUUUGUUAACCAAAGCGGUGGUAUUUAAGAUUAAAAAUUGUUCACUUCCUUCCAUGGAAUUGACCUAAAGACGCCCCUAAGUAAUACUCUUAACCUCGCUCCACAUAGAAUCGUUUUUGUUGGCAAUUGUUAAAUUUACUUUGGUUCAGGUAUACAUUAAAUUAUAAUAAAAAUUUAAUCAAAUAUAUAAGCAGUAGAACUAAAAACUUCACAAAAAAUCUCCCUUUUUUUGAAAAUGCUGGUAUAUAUAAACUUAAAUGUAACUGUAAUAAAUUUUAUAUAGGUAAGACAAAUAGAAAUUUUAAAAUAAGAUAUAAAGAACACAUUUCGGAAAUAAAAUUAAAAAAAACUGCCCCUAAUUCAAAUUUUGCUAAACAUUUUUAAAAAAAUAACCAUAAUAUAAGUUUUGAUAUUAAUACAGAAUUAGAGAUAUUAAAUACCCAAAAUUUACAUUAAUUCAGUUUUAGAAGAAUUAUAUAUGUACAAUGAAAUAAAUAAAAAAUAAUUUUAAUAAUAUUUUAACCGACUUUAAAUAUAAUAUUUUAUAUCAAUACAUUUUAGAUAAUAAAUAAUAACCAAAUGAUUUAUAUUUCUUAACAUAUCUAUGUCUAAUUAUAACCCGUGUUUAAUAAUCUCUCCUAUUAAAAUAAAUUAUUUCUGUGUAAAACGACCAAUUUGUAUAAUUUUUUUCUAUGUAUUCCUUCAUUUAAAUUUUAUAUUUAGUCAAAUUUUCUUUAUUUAUGUGUGUUUAUUUGCAUACAGAAAAUAUAUUAUAUAUAUAGAUAUAUAUCGAUGCAAUAUAUAUACGAAUAAAUAAUAAUAAAACAAGUCAUUUUUAUUUAAUAUGUUUGAAUAGGUAAUGGAUAUUAUAGUUAUAAAAUCGUAUACCAAUUGAAUGCAGUUUUAUUAUUAUGGUGGUGUUCCUAGUUAGUAUACCUACUUGUUGUAAUGAUAAUUAUCAUCUAAUGUUGAAUCAAGUUUUACGAUUGUCAAAACUUUUUCAUUUACUUUGUAGUUUCUAAAAUAAUUAUAUGUUAUAAUAUAUUAUAUUUAUUUUAAAUGCUUUCGCGUACAAUCACAUUAGUAUAUACCGCGUUUCUAUAGCAAUGUAAAAUAUAUUAUACAACUUUAGUUAGGUUUAACAGUUAUAAAAUACAUAGGUAUAUAAUAAUUAUUAUAAUUUUUUGAUUAAAAAUUUAUCAAUAAAUUGGUCAGAUUAUUAUUUAGGAUUCUGAAUGUAGUGAAGCGCAGUCGGUGGAUUUUUCAAUCGGGUUUUCUCUAUAGAUUUAUCAUAGAGCCGUAGGGGGCAUCGCCUCCCCCUCACUUCCCACUCUAUUGCUGAACUAGAAAAUAAUUUUUAUAUUAAAACACAAAAUAAUUCUUCCAAAUUCCUAUUUUUAUAUUUUUCUUUCUCUUUUUCUCUAAUUCUUGUAUUUAAUUUGAUAAUUAUAAAAAAAUGUUAGUAAUAAAAUAAAAUAUACACCAUUAACUCAAAAAUAAAAUAAUUAAUGAAUAUGUUUAUUAAUAAACUAUGCAUAGUUUUAAAAGUUAAAGAAUAAGAAUUUUAUAUUUAUUUAUACUUACAAUAAAUAAUUGCUACAAUACAAUUACGUAUCACCACGAAAUAGGAUAGGAUAUAUUUAAAAAUAAUGUAUUCAUAUUCCAUGGAGGCAUAGAUCAUGUUUCACAAAUCUACCUUUCUGUUAUAUCUUUACGUACCACGUUUAUAUAUACAUUUAGAUAACCGUGAUACGUAUCAAUACCUAUCUUAGCCCAUGGUUAUUACAGAUGUUUUUUUAACUGUACUAAAAUUAACCGUAAAAAUUAUCAAUACUAAAACUUAAAAAAUAUUUGAGAGGAGGAAAAAAUUUCGAAGGGGGGAGUAAAAUCUUAGAACUUUAUCCCUAUGUACGCCACUAAGCACAACAAAAGUAUUAUUAUUUCUGAAAAAAUAACUUGAUGUAAUAGUCUUUUUAUACAUUUUUUCAAAUUCAAAUUUUUACGAUAACUGUAAGAAACACGGCAUUUGAAAACAUGUACAUGUCAUUUAACCAAACUUAGACUAGUAUUUGGUUAGCAAAGAUUUAUCGUUGCAUACAAUUAUAAAUGAAAUAACCACAUGUAUCAUACCAUUUUUAUUUUAUAGUUACAUUUCCACAAUUCAAUAACAGCGUGAGCUAUCAUCAAAAAUCUUUCGACAGCGCAAUGCAAUCUAUUGGGAAACCGUCAAAGCAUCAAAUCAACAACCAUGUUGGGAAAUCAUUGAUUAAAUCUAGAACAUUAGAAGUACUGAGGUAUAAUAAUAAAUAAAAUAUUUAUAUACAAACAUGUCAUAUAGCUUAUAAGUUCAUUUGGUGAUUCGUAUGACUAUUUAUAAUAUUGAAAAUCGUGAUAUUGUUAUGAAAUGUUCAAUCAGUAUGUAGCGAAGCAUAGAUGUAGCUUUAUCUAUUUAAAUUAGAUAAUCAUUGAUUUAAAUAGAUAUUUAAUGAAGUUUAAUGGAAUUUAUUACACAUAUUUUAUUACAAUGUGUUAAACUUUAUCUAAAUAGAAUAAUCGCCUAAUAAUAAUAUACGAUUAUUCUUAGUGCUUAAAUUGGAAGUAAGUUAGAUGGUACAUUAGAUGGCAGAUGCAAACGAGUAAAAAAUUGUGCGUACCUUAAGAUUUAAAUAUUUUCUAUGCCAUUUACGUUCAUAAUGACCAUUCAGGGCUGGAGAAUGGAGGGGGGGGGUUAACCCUCUACUAUGACUUGGAAAUUCAGACGAUCGAGACAGAUAUUCAAUGAUAAUUUUUUUUUAAAAUUCGACAAAACUAAUAAUUUCUUCGUAUACACCAGGUUUUCCAUUUGAGUGGGUACACUCAUUAUCUCGGAAAGUAUUAAUUUUUUUUGGAAUUUUUCUUUCUAAAACAUUUAAGAAAUAAGCAGCUCUACAAUUUUAUGUUUAUGUUAUUUUUUGACACCCCUAGUUUUGGGAGUAAAACCACUACCUAUUUUUGAUUUUCAAAUAGUAACCUAUACAAAAAAUUUCAUAAAUAAACUGAGUAUUAGUGUUGACAUUUUUGAUUUCUGUAAAGCCAUUGACGAGAUAUUCCAUUUUAAGUUUGGGUUGGAGAAGAGUAGUAACUAGUGGUGCAUUAUUAAUUUGUCGCGCGCCGUAUCGCCAUAUAAAUGAUACUCCACUGCUCUUAUCCUACCAAAUCUUAAGUGAAAUAUCUCGUCAACGGAUUGACGAAAAUCAAAAAUGUCAACACUAAAAUUUAUUUUAACUAAUACUUUCUCCAUUUAUGGACUUUUCAAUAUAGGUUGCCAUUUGAAAAUUAAAAGUGGGUAAUGGUGGUUUUAGUCCCAAAAAUAAGCUGUAGAGCAGUUUAUUUCUCAAAUGUUCUAGAAAAAAAUGUUCGGAAAAAGAUAAUACUUUCCGAGAUAAUGAGUCCACUCAUUUAAAUAGAUCAUUUGGUAUUUAUUUUUUUUUUCAUAUUAUUAUGUUAUUAUUGUUACCUGCAAAUUCAUUACUUACCGAACAAUAAAAAAAACCUUUUUUUUAGUUCGGUAAAUGUGGUAUUUGAAUCGACAAAUUUUUAAUCACAUUCUUUCAUCGAUUUUUGUUAACGUCGGUUCUGAAUUCAUUGUAAAAAAUAAGGAGGACAUUUCCUCCUUUCUCCUUAAUAUGAGUACUAGGCUAUUGAUUUUAAUAAUAAUAAUAUAGUAUGCGAGUCAUAUUAUUAAAAUAAAUAGAUAUUAUUUAAUCGAAUAAUGUAUAGGCAACUAAGUAUACAGUACAAAGUCAUAAGCUUCGUUAACUAGGCGUUAAACUUCUCAACGUAAUAUUUUACAAAUAAUAUUUCAAUUUAAUUAUAUUGUAUAUUGUCUCCACUCUUCUCCUGAUCUACUCGUACCCUAAUUAAUAUCUAAAUAUUCUCCCAAUCUUUAUUAAUAUUUCUAUGGAUAUAUAUUAUGUUUAUCGAGUUUUGGGUAGGUAAAGUUGUAAAUCAAAACGUAAUAAUAAUUUUAUAAUAUGCUUAAUAUGUGCAUGUUUAACUUAUAAUCAUAUUACAGUUUUACAAGUUUUAUUUAUUAUUACUGACGACUAUAACACGCGGACUAGGUAGAUAUGAUAUGAUAUCUUUAUUUUGUGUUACCUAUAUAAUUCAUAGUUAAAUCCGUAAAUAUUAUAUAUGUAAGUGCAUUUUAAUAUUUUACUUUAAUGUUAUGACCUACAAUAUAUAAAACCGUAUAUAGUUUAUCAUAAUGCGGCAUCGUUAUAAUUUUAUAUCCAUUUCAAUUUAUUGAAUGCUAUACGAGUUUCUGUUAUAUAGGUGUAUUCUGCUAUAUUUAAAUGAUUUUACUGCACGUGAACACGACAAUUUAUUUAUUUAAAUUCUAUUGAUAAUAAUACGCUUACCAAAUUAUGUACGAAUAAACGUAGGUAGGUACCUACGUUAAUACAAUAAAUGGGAAAAAAAUGCGAUGGUAAAGUUACAUAUAUUAAUAAUAAUAUACCGAUAUUGUAAUAAUAUUGUCCGUAACAUGCGAAUAAACCUAUUGGUAGGUAGAUACCUGUAUACCAGUACACCCAUUUACCCAUGUCGCAAUAAUUUCGGUUGUUUAUAAUAAUAUAUCGGUUGUAUAUUAUUAUGGUACUACUCGUUCCGUUAUUAAAGUUGCCAACGCAAAUGGCGAAAAAUGCAAAUCGAUAUACGAACGCGUAUGCUUUUAUUUUGUUGUAUUUAGGUCGAUGACUUGAAAUAUACCAACUAGUCGAAGUUUACCGUCGGAAUGAUUUUAAUGUUUUCAGAGACGAAAAAGAAGAAGACGACGGUGACAGACAAGUGCAGACAAAAGAUCGUGUUGAAAACGCUAAACUAUGUCAUCAACAGGAUGGCGGCGAGACGGAACGUGCCGAAGACAUCGCUGUUCGUUAUAACGAUGACACGGUCGAAGGUCAACCAAUGUUCAAGUCCGAUAAAGAAAAAGAAUGCUGGACGCUUUUCAAAAAAAUGACCGCUAAAGGAGUGUCCGUCACUUUCGAUACUGUACUAAGGUUUGAAAAUAAUUACAACCACACUUCGAUUUUGUAAUAUCUUAUAUUUCUUAUAUUAUAUACUGUAUUCAUAACAUUCUACUAUUCCGUACAGAUUAUACUAUCGAUAGUUUAAAUGAACUAUCGAAUAUUGUUUUCCAUGAUCGAAUACUUUUAUUCGAAAAAACUAUUGAAUAUUUCGUUAAUGAUUUAAAUUAUUUUCAUUCGGUUACGGUAAAAACUAUUCGAAAAGUUUUUUCCAUAACCGAAUAGUUUCAUAGUAAUUAUUCGGCUGUGCUCACUCACUACUUUAUACUUUUGUAUAAUAGAUUUUGCGGUAUUUAUAAAUGGAAAGUUUUCGGUGUGUUUCAGGGGAAUGUUAACGCCGACCGAAUAUAGAUUGAGAAAAAACGAACUUUUGACAUUUGAAUAA